AUGGCCUCUCAGUCCUCCAGCGUCGACGAAAUAAUCGACACCACCCAGCAUGCGGACACGGACUCCGAAAACUCGGAUGACCAUGAAGAGAUAGACGACACGGCAGCGCCAUCCACAUCGCAAAAGGGCAAGAAGAAGAAGAAGAAAAAGUCCAAGGCCGCUAAAGCGCUUGCUGCCCUGCGGGGCCGUUCAGAAAUCCCCCAGGAACUUGUUGAUAAGGUGGUCGACAAGAUGAAGGAGGACAGCUCUAUCAAUCAGCAAGUGGAUGAAGACACGGUGCGCCAGGCCCUUGAGCAGAUGAAGAUUAUGGACGUUGCGAAAGGGAAAGCUGGGUUCGGGGGCAUCAACAAGAAGGAUAUGGGAGCACACAAGUUCUGGGCCACGCAACCGGUUCCGCAGCUUGACGAAGGCCCCCCGGUCGAUGACGGUUACAUUGAACCAUCUGUGCCUCGAGAUCAAGUACGACAAGAGGCAUACCCGCUUCCCAACGACUUUGAAUGGUCCACUUUGGAUAUAAACGAUCCAAAGCAGAACAAGGAAGUCUAUGACCUGCUAUCUCUCAACUAUGUGGAAGACGACGAAGCCUCGUUCCGCUUCCAAUAUAGCUCCGAGUUUCUGCAAUGGGCUCUCAAGCCUCCUGGAUACUACAAGGAAUGGCACGUUGGAGUGCGAGUUUCCUCGAACCAAAAGCUUGUUGCCUUCAUCUCUGGAGUGCCGAUAACCAUACGAGUCCGCAACAAGGUUUUUGCUGCUGCAGAGAUCAACUAUCUUUGUAUCCACAAGAAACUCCGGUCAAAACGACUUGCGCCAGUUUUGAUCAAGGAGGUGACUAGACAGGUCCACCUUCAGGGCAUAUUCCAGGCCAUCUACACCGCGGGUGUUGUCAUCCCCACUCCAAUUUCAACAUGUCGUUACAAUCAUCGACCUCUGAAUGUUCCAAAGCUACUCGAAGUUGGCUUCACGUUUGUGCCACGUAAUUCGACCGCAGCUCGAAUGAUUCGCAUGAAUAAAGUUCCCGACAAGCCUACUUUAAAGGUCCGGCCGAUUGAGGAACGAGAUAUCGUGGCAGUCGCAGACCUUUUCGCGAGGUACAUGCGGCGGUUUGACAUGGUGCCUGUGAUGAGCAUCGAAGAUGUGAAACACCAAUUCCUCAGUGGAGAAGGCACCGGGAAAAUUGGUGAUGGUGGGCCAGGUAAAAGGGUGGGCCAGGUUACGUGGACCUACGUCGUCGAGGAUCCCGAAACUAACAAGGUCACCGACUUCUUCUCGUUCUACUGUCUACCGUCCACCAUCAUAAACAAUGUCAAGUAUGGGACGCUCGAAGCAGGCUACCUUUACUACUAUGCUACGGAAGUCGCAUUUCAACCUGACGCAGACGAGAACGGGCAGCUGAAGGCGCGGCUUCAAACGCUCAUCGGGGAUGCAUUAGUCAUCGCCAACCAGGCCAAACUAGACGUCUUCAACGCGCUGACAUUGAUGGACAACGUAUCCUUCCUUCAAGACCACAAGUUUGGAGUUGGCGAUGGGUUUUUGAACUUUUACUUAUAUAAUUGGCGGACGGCCAAGCUUGCUGGAGUUACCAGCGAGGGUGGCGUUCCAGCUGGUAGGGGUGUUGGUGUAGUCAUGUUGUAA